AUGGCACAGGAAUACCCGCGACCCGACUUCCAGCGCAAUCCGCUGCGCUGGCAAUCGCUUAAUGGGCCCUGGGACUUUAUCUUUGACGACGACGACGCUGGCCUUGCGGCAAAGUGGCACCAGAGCGGCUUGCCGGCCUCUGUCAGCGUGUCCGCCAAGGAGGCCAGUGCCGACACCAGCUCUUCCUCUCAAGCCGAGAGCAUCACCCAAAAGAUCGCCUCGGGGACCCAGGAGCUGAUCAAGGGCAACAUCCUCGCCAGCACUACUACGGAGCACCAGAAGCGCAAGAUCGAAGUGCCCUUUGUCUUCCAGUCUCCCGCCAGCGGCAUCAACGAGCGCGGCGUGCAUGAAGUCCUCUGGUACGAGCGUUCCAUCGAGGACCUGCGCGAGAGCCAGAGCGACAGGCUGGUCCUGCGCUUCGGAGCGGUCGACUACGUUGCCAAGGUGUGGGUGAACGGCCAGCUCGUGGGGGGGCAUCGCGGCGGCCACGUCCCCUUUGAGAUUGACGUCUCGGACGCCGUCGCGCACGGACAGCCCUCGAGGCUUACCGUGCGGGUGUACGACUCUGCGUACGACUUGACGCAGCCACGAGGCAAGCAGUACUGGGGCGCCAAGCCUGAGAGUAUUUUCUACACGCCCAGCGGUGGCAUUUGGCAGAAUGUCUGGUUGGAGGUGGUGCCACCAGCCAGGAUCGCGGAUUCCUCGCAUGGCACCAUCAUUCGAUCCAACGACAUUGCGUCGGGCAAACUUCACAGCAACAUCGCCAUCACGGGGCGCCGAGCCGGGCAGAAGCUGGGCGUCGAGAUGGCAGCUAGCUUCCACGGCGUCGAGGUGGGCAAGUCCGAGCUCGUGCACCUGGCCCGCGACAGCGACUCGGCUUCCGUAGAUCUGAGCCUUCGCCUGUCCAAGGAGAAGAUCAACCUUCUCACGGCCGAGAUGCAAAAGGGACUGGACGACCCCUUUAUCUGGCGCGACGGGCUGGCCCUUUGGUCCCCUGAGCAUCCCCAUCUCUACGACCUGACUCUCCGACUCGUGGACACCAGCAGUGGCAAUGUGCUUGAUGCCGUCGAGACGACGACAGGCAUGCGCUCCCUCAACUGGACCACGGGAGACGGGACUUUCCGGCUCAACGACAGGCCCUACUUCCAGGCCCUGUGCUUGGACCAGGGCUACUGGAAGGACACGUUCAUGACACCUCCAUCGCCGGCGGCGCUGCGCACCGACGUUGAGCUCGGCAAGCGAAUGGGCUUCAACGGCUGCCGCAAGCAUCAAAAGGUCGAGGACCCCCUCUUCUACUACUGGGCCGACAAGCUGGGCUACCUCGUCUGGGGCGAGAUGGCCAACGCCUACCAGUUCAGCAGCGAGUACGUCGAGCGCUACAACCAGGAGUGGGAGGAGGCCGUCAAGCUGGUCAUCAACCGACCGUGUGUCGUCACCUGGACCCCCGUCAACGAGUCUUGGGGCUACACCGACCUCAAGAACGACGUCACGCAGCGCAAUCACAUCCGCCAACUGUACUACGCGACCAAGACCCUGGAUCCCACCAGGAGCAUCAACGACAACUGCGGCUGGGAGCACGUGCUGACGGACCUGACCACCUUCCACGACUACGCGGACGGACCGGAGCUGGAGAAGACAUGCGCCUCGCUCAAGCUGAUCCUCGGCGACAAGGCCGGCCGCGAUCUGUUCACCGCCGCCGUGCCAGGGGACGCUGGAUGCCAGCAUGUCGCCGGCGCGCCGGUCAUGUGCACCGAGUUUGGCGGCGUCAACAUCAAGCCGCAGGACGGCGAAGAGCGGGACUGGGGGUACACCACGGCCAGUGAUCCGGAGGAUCUGCUGCAGCGUGUGCGGAAGCUUGUCGAGGGCGUCACAAAGGGCGGGCACUGCUGCACAUUUGUCUACACACAACUGGCCGAUAUAGAGCAGGAAGCCAACGGUCUCUACUCCUUUGACCGCGAAGAGAAGCUCGACUCGAGCAAGGUUCGGGCACUCAUGGAGGAGGCCAUCAAGGGUUACUAUGCGAAACUGAAAGUGUAA